AUGCACGCCGUUCAUCAACCAUCGCUCGUGUCGCUGGUGAUGGAGCCCCUGCAAGGUCCGCUUCGACAGGGGACGUGGACCGAGGCCGAAGUCGCGUACGUCGCGCUCUUGUCCAACUUGCUUGAAGACCUGGAAAUGCCAUUGAUCAGCUUGAAUGCACUCAGAUUAUCUUCCCCCCUCCAUGAAGAGCAAGAAGUCGACGACAAGAUGGCCAUGUGCUAUGAAGAGCCGGCCAUAAAACUGCUGUUUCUCGUCGAAGUCGAGACAGAGCUGCAUCUGUCGCUCCUGCUGGCUGGCAAUGUUGCACCAAGUGGUCGCCGCUUGCGGCCCUGA